CUGCUGGGGGCCGGGGGGCUGCUGUUCGCACCGGGGGGCGGGCCCCCACCCCCGCCACAUCUACCCCCACCCGCACAUAAGGUGGAGCUCCCCCCUCCGGCGGACAUAAAGCCUCCAGUCUUGCCGGGCGGGCCGGCGCCGCCCCCCCUGCUGCCCGGCCAGCCACCGCCCAGAGACGACGACAGGCUCAGCUCUAGGGUGCUACAACAGCAAAGGAGAUCGGUAUCCCCUCACGAACGCGAGCAGAAGUACCGGCCGCGCUCGCCGGUCGAGCCGGAGGCGCUGGACGUGAAGCGGAGAAAGGAGGAGAAGGACAGCGAUGCUGAAAAAAGUGAUCAAGAUCUUGUUGUUGAUGUGGCUAAUGAGGAGGAAAGAGGGUCACCGAGUGUUCGCACUGAGGGUGGCGAGAGAACAGAGAAUGGUCCGCGACCUCCUUCGAGGUCUGGCUCCUCGUCCAGUCGCUCCACGCCGAAGAGUUCCAAAGACGAGAAGCCGGGCACGCCAGGCGGUAAGCUAGCUCGCGCGCCGACGCCGACGGGCGGGCGUGGCGGCGCGUACCCGUUCCCGCCGUACGCCGCGUACAGGGCGGCCGCGCCCGCGCCGCCACUACCCAUGCACUACGACCAACAUCACAGGACCAACGGGAUCGCGCCCACUAAACCCGCGUACUCGUACCACUCGUGCGGCGGGCCGCUGCAGCCCGUGGGGUUCCCGGCGGACGCGCUGGGCGGCGCGGGCGUGCCGCGGGGCGCGCGCGCGGUGGCGGCGCUGCCGCACGGCGAGGUGGUGUGCGCCGUGGCGCUGUCGCAGGCCGGCGCGGCGCGACACGCCUACACCGGCGGCAAGGGAUGCGUCAAGCUCUGGGACAUAUCCAACCCGGGCUCCCCCGCCGCCCUCGAGCCGCUGUCGCAGCUCGAUUGUUUGCAAAGAGACAACUAUAUCCGUUCAGUGAAGCUCCUGCCGGACGGGCGCACGCUGAUAGUGGGCGGCGAGGCGUCCAACCUGUCGAUAUGGGACCUCGCCUCGCCCACGCCGCGCAUGCGCGCCGAGCUCACCUCCUCCGCGCCCGCGUGUUACGCGCUGGCUAUCAGUCCAGACUCCAAGGUGUGCUUCAGCUGUUGUUCAGAUGGCAACAUUGCAGUGUGGGACCUUCAGAACCAAACAUUAGUUAGACAAUUCCAAGGGCACACGGACGGCGCGUCGUGCAUCGACAUCAGUGGCGACGGCACGCGCCUGUGGACGGGCGGGCUCGACAACACGGUGCGCUCCUGGGACCUCCGCGAGGGACGACAACUGCACCAGCACGACUUCUCCAGUCAGAUCUUCUCGCUCGGAUACUGUCCCACUGGUUCGUGGUUGGCGGUGGGCAUGGAGAACUCCCACGUGGAAGUACUGCACGCGGGCAAGCCGGACCGCUACCAGCUCCUGCUGCACGAGUCCUGCGUGCUGUCGCUCAAGUUCGCGGCCGCGGGGAAGUGGUUCGUCUCCACCGGGAAGGAUAACCUACUUAAUGCGUGGCGCACUCCUUAUGGAGCUAGUAUAUUCCAGUCCAAGGAGUCGUCAUCGGUGCUCAGUUGUGAUAUAUCGGCGGACGAUAAGUUCAUAGUGACGGGUUCUGGUGACAAAAAGGCGACUGUCUACGAAGUGAUGUACUGAAGUGUCAGUGUCAGUAAUCUCAUAAGUCAUAGGCAAUAAAUGAACGUUGUUCGAGGUCCAGUGCGAAGUGAGAGCGGUUUUAUAUCAAACUUUGGUUGGCUGUACACAUUGUUAUUGUUUUAUUAUGAAUAUUAAAGUUUAUUGGACCGAAAUGUUGGUCGUUAUCGUGGAGAAAUGAUGAAGAACCUUAUACACGAAGAUAUGAAUAUGAAACAACAUAUCUACAACAUUACACAGGAUUUGAAGUUUGUAAGAGUUGAUUAAACUUUUGUUUAAGAUUAUGUUGUAUCUUGUGUAUGAACUUCUUGGUCUAAUGUAAGAUAUUGUAUUAUAAUGGUUAGAAGAGAAAAAUACCUGUGUAUGCUUGUGACAUUCUGGACAAUAUAACAGUCCAGUAAUAAUAGUUUAACGUCAGACUGCUGUCGUGAGUUCCUAGCUAAAUUGUGUUCCUUAUGUUGUCAAGAAAUUCCUUUUUGGUGAAAAGUUUGUUUGUAUUUACAUGUGGUAACAAAGCAAUAAAGGCUGUCGAAAUAUUUUUACAACUAACAUAUGCCAAGACAGCCAUUUCGAUCUCAAAAUUAUUUGGUAUUAAGAUAGUAUUGCAAACAGCAAAAUAAGUAAUAAGUAUUAAAUUCAGCAAUAUAAAGACUUCCAGCAUUUUUGUAUAGUGUAAGUAACAAUGUGUACAGUUGACUAAACAUGGUUGAAUUAAGUGUAAUUUUAAAGUAACAAAUAGAUCAAUGUUGCACCGUUAAACAUGGAUAUUUUUAGUGUUAUUAUAUAUUUUUAUAAUGAAAUAAGAAAAAUAAUUUUAUUAAUUUUCCAAGUUGAAACUUGUUUCGUGAAUGGUCCAUUUAUUACGAGUAUUUAUUUUAUUAUCUGACUUUAAGUUGUUUCAGACUGAUAUUCUGAGUAAUUGACGAGUUGGUUAUAUUAUUAUGCGUCUUGUAUUAAGUCAGUUUUUAUAAUUUCUUUGUUUAUUUGACGACUAUCGUCAAAUUACGCACACUUUCGCUUUGCAUUUUAUCUCUAUGUGGGGCCAAUGUUGGCCCCAAUCGUGUUCCUAAUGUAUGAUAGUUAAGGGCGUCAACUCGUUUAGAGUACGAACAAUGUACAAAUAUGAUGGCCCUAACAUUGGCUCCAAAAUGGAGUGUUUGUGUAUAAAUAAAAGAUAGUGCCUGUUCAAACAUUUCAUAUUGAGUAGAAAAAUGUGCUUUACACUUUUAGGUGAACAAGUUUUUAAUCAAGAUGAAGUUUCUUCGAUAAGUAUUGUUGAGAUUUAUAACACGUGUGGUGGGAAAUAAAGAGCGGUUUUCGGAAAUAUUUUUUUAAUAUGUUUCAACUAAACUUAGUUGGAUGAGUUCAUUCGGAGAUGACACUAUUUUCCUUAUUUAAUUCACUCUAAAAGUGGACUGGGAAAAAGGGAAAAUUAUGUUAUAAUUCAGAGUUCAGACUGUUUAUAAAAAUAGUUAUUUCCAUCAAAAUUCUUGCAAUAAUGGAUUAAAAAGUUUGAUUUCUAUAAUCGGACUGAAAUUUUUAUAUCAAAGUAUAUUUUUAUUGUACUUAAAAGUUUAUACAAAUUGAAUCUUUAAAUAUGAAUUUCAUUAAAAUAAUGAUCUGCGAAUUGUGAUAUUAUUUCUUCAAUGACUUAAGUGUACCGAGUAUGCGUCAUCAGAUUGACUACAAACAUUUAAUUGUUAUUUUACUGCAAAAUUGAAUCGUAUUAUGUACUUUGAUUAUAUUUAUUAUUUCGAUA